GUGGAAAAAUAGCUAAUUAUUUUAUAACGGAAACAUCGCCGAUUUCAUGUCCUCCUUUUCGCUCUCUCUCUCUCUCUACGUUCCCCAUUUCAUUUUCGACAGUGUACGCGAACGAACCCUAGAACAUCUUCAACAACAUACAUACCUCAAAAGCCGAAAAUUCAUCAAUGAUUGGGGUUCUAGAGAUUAGUUGAGGACGAUAAUGGUCCAAUCGGGAGGAUACUGGGUUAAUUGCAUGGGCGAAGGAUGCCGGAGCUGCGCAGAGGAGUACGCCGAGGUCGUGCUCCGGUAGACCAGCGCCGGAAUCCUGUGAUAUCGGAGCAUUUGGUCGGAAACUACAUACGCACUCGCGCGGCAGCGGCGAAGGAAGCUGCGAAAGCAAAGGCGGCGGAGGCAGUCGAGGAGGGUAGGCCGCGGACGAGAUUGGCGGCGAAGAAAGAGAAGGAGCCGCAAGUAAUCGUCAUAUCAGAGAGGAACAGCGAUUCGGAUCGAGAGCAAUCUAGGAAGCUCGAGGACGCAGAGGUAGAACGAAUUGUCGUUGGGACGAUGGGUGAUGAUAGUGGUGGGUUGAGCGCUAACAAAGUUACCGGGCAGGAGGAAGAAGGUAGCACCGCGCCUUUUCCUGAAAGGGUUCAAGUAGGAGGGUCACCUCUCUACAAGGUUGAGAGGAAGUUGGGAAAAGGUGGGUUUGGUCAGGUAUUUGUUGGUCGUCGUGUUUCUGGUGGCAAUGACCGUACAACAGGACCUGGAGCUAUGGAGGUGGCCUUGAAAUUUGAGCACAGGAACAGCAAAGGCUGUAACUAUGGUCCUCCAUAUGAGUGGCAAGUGUACAACACUCUAGGUGGUAGUCACGGAGUGCCUAGAGUGCACUAUAAAGGAAAACAAGGAGACUAUUAUGUAAUGGUCAUGGACAUGUUAGGUCCUAGCCUAUGGGAUGUAUGGAAUUCUUCAGGACAGUCGAUGUCCUCAGAAAUGGUAGCUUGUAUUGCAGUAGAGUCUUUAUCAAUCCUAGAGAAGAUGCAUUCAAGAGGUUACGUGCAUGGAGAUGUAAAGCCAGAGAACUUUUUACUUGGUCAGCCAAUGACAGCACAGGAGAAGAAGUUGUUUCUGGUUGACCUUGGAUUAGCAACAAAGUGGAAAGACUCUUCUAAUGGGCAGCAUGUUGACUACGACCAACGCCCUGAUAUGUUUAGAGGAACUGUUAGAUAUGCUAGCGUUCAUGCUCACUUGGGAAGAACUGCUAGUAGGAGAGAUGAUUUAGAAUCUCUUGCAUAUACACUUAUCUUUCUUCAUCGAGGCCGGCUACCCUGGCAAGGAUUUCAGGGUGAUAACAAAUCCUUUCUAGUUUGCAAGAAAAAGAUGGCAACAUCCCCUGAAAUGCUGUGCUGUUUCUGCCCUGCACCCCUCAAACAAUUUCUUGAGAUUGUGGUGAACAUGAAAUUUGACGAAGCACCCAAUUAUUCCAAGCUAAUUUCUCUGUUUGAGGGAUUGAUUGGUCCAAAUCCAGCUAUACGGCCAAUAAACACUGAUGGAGCUCAAAAGAUUAUCUAUCAAGUUGGCCAAAAGCGGGGCAGGUUGAAUAUUGAUGAAGAUGAUGACGGGCAACAGAAGAAGAAGGUUCGAUUAGGGGUUCCUGCUACGCAGUGGAUUACAGUCUACAAUGCUAGGCCACCAAUGAAACAGAGGUACCAUUACAAUGUUGCUGAUGCAAGACUGGCCCAACAUGUGGAGAAGGGGAAUGCUGAUGGUCUGCUUAUAAGUUGUGUGGCAUCUUGUACCAAUCUUUGGGCUCUUAUUAUGGAUGCUGGAACUGGUUUCACAAGCCAAGUUUACGAGCUAUCACCUUUCUUUUUACACAAGGAAUGGAUAAUGGAACAGUGGGAGAAGAACUAUUACAUCAGUUCUAUAGCUGGUGCUAACAAUGGAAGUUCCCUUGUGGUGAUGUCCAAAGGCACCCAAUAUACGCAGCAGUCUUAUAAAGUGAGUGAUUCUUUCCCUUUCAAGUGGAUAAACAAGAAGUGGAGAGAAGGGUUUCAUGUGACAUCUAUGGCAACAGCUGGAAAUCGAUGGGGUAUUGUUAUGUCUCGCAAUGCUGGCUUUAGCGAUCAGGUUGUCGAGCUUGAUUUUCUCUACCCAAGUGAGGGAAUCCACAAACGUUGGGAUACUGGUUAUCGAAUAACAUCAACAGCUGCUACUUGGGAUCAAGCCGCUCUUAUCUUGAGUAUGCCCAGGCGCAGGCCUGGGGAUGAAACCCAGGAAACUUUACGUACAUCCCAGUUUCCAAGCACGCACGUGAAGGAAAAAUGGGCAAAGAAUCUCUAUCUGGCUUGUGUGUGCUAUGGACGAACUGUAUCAUAAAUCUCGGAAUCUGUGGAAAAAGAAAAGCAAAUCAGUGUAUUUUGUGUACCUUUUUUAGCCCCACUGCACAGUCUCUUGCACCAAUUGUAAAAACUGGUAGUAGGGGCUUCAGCUGCUGCAGCAGUUAUUGUUCUCACCCCUUAUAUGGUUUUUGUGUUUUAUUGCUGCUUGUAUUAUUGGCUAAAUACUGAAGUUUCUAAAUCAUGAUGUGUAUGCAUUGCUUA